AUGAGGCGGUGCGUCAUGGCCAAGGGCGAGGAUCCCGCUCAUGUGGCGGGCUGGGACGACCGUCAGGACGCGGUCGAGUGGUGGUGGACGGAGGCAAACGACUCCAGGGGACGCCAACGAUUGGAAGCUGCUGCUGCUGUGGCGGCGGCGGCGGCGUCCUCAACUGUGGGUCUCCCUCUUUUUCCGCGCUUCUCACCAGGCCGACGACGACGACGCCGCCCGCCCGCCCCCCCCCCUCCUCCUCCUCCUCUGUUCCUCAGCCGCCACCUCCACAGCAUGCCGUGGUUAUGGUGCACAUGCGUCAAGAUGCAGAUGUACUACACGCCUACUGCUCUCACGUGUCCUCUCUCCAACUCUCUCGCUGCGCAUGUGGGCCACAUCAUCGUUGGCGUGGCGGCGCUGCUGCCUUAUUCUAUGCUCCUCUUUCUCACUGUGAUGUGCAACCCGCGCAAACAUGAGCCCGUGCUCCGAGCACAGCGGAUACGUUGGUUGACUUUCCACUCGCUCAUGUUCCGACUUCUUCGAUGCAUCACCGCCUCGCCGGCUGUGGCAGCAAGCGUCGCAGUCGCAGCAGCCCAAACACCGACCAGCCUGCGCCCUGCUGCGGUGUGCCGCCGUGGUGUUCACUUAGCACCGUCCGUACUAGCCGCGUCGGCACCACCGCCGCCGCCGCAGCAGCAGCAGCAGCCGACUUCCGCCGCAGUACCGGCAAGCACCGCCACGUCGACGACGACCAUCGCGGCUGGUCCCUACCGCCGCGUCGGGAAUGUGUUCAUCGUUACGUGCAUCGACCACCCCUUCAAGUUCUCGUGGGAGGUGAACCGCAUGCUGCGCGAGCUCCGCCUGGAGUUCAUGGGGCAGACUACCGUCGUGCCGGACAUCCCGCCAGUGCGAAAGCGAAUUUGGCGGGUGCGCCACGUUGUCCGCGUCGACCAGCUCGACCUCGACGAAGCGAAGGCGCUCAUCGGGAUUCCGGAGCACAUCUCAUUUCGUGAUUUGGCGGGGCAGAUCCCACCAACGUUUGGCCGGGGCGGCUCCGUCGCCAACCCGCACAUGCGCAGCAAGAUGAACUUUAUGCGACUGCGGCGCAUGCGGCUGCGUGACGUGAUGCACCGCGAUCAGCUUGAGAAACGGCUCCUGGAAGAAAGGCAUCAUGCACUGCAGCAGCAGCAGCAGCAGCAGCAGGGUGGUGGCGAAGCAGCAGCAGCAGCAGCAGCGACGACUGCGUAA